GAGUGAUCCGCGGUCUAACCUCUAUCGCUCAGUUACGGUUAAGUUCUCUCGAACGUGUUGUGCGGGUUGACGGCCGAUUCUUCGCAAACCGCGAAUUUAUGGGGAUAUCUCGAGAUUUAAAGCGUUGGUGUGUAAUUUCGGGAGUAACCGAAGAACUCUUCUCAUCACUCUUGCGUCCCACUUUAACGGACUAAUCCAGCGACAAAGACCUUGCUUUUCGGUUGGCUCGGUAGAAACCAUUAUUGACAAGUUUUGCUCCGAUUGGUAACGUACUUGAGAUUGGAAAAUCAUUCAUCACCUAAUUAGUUUUUAACUUAGGGUAUCGAGUCAUGGCAGAGAGUUAAUGUCACCCUUGAAUUAAUACUCAUCGUGCAUUUCCACGUCUUAUCGACUAGUGUCGUCAAUUAGUGAGUUUAAUCUAAAUAAGAUGGCUGCUACAAGAAGGUUGGUGAAGGAAUUAGGUGACUUAAGGGCUUCACCUAUGAAAAACUUUACAAAUAUUCAAGUCGAUGACAACAAUAUUCUUACAUGGCAAGGACUUAUAUUACCGGACAAUCCUCCUUACAAUAAGGGUGCAUUCCGGAUUGAAAUUAACUUCCCUGCGGAAUACCCCUUUAAGCCACCAAGGAUAAAUUUUAAAACAAAAAUCUACCAUCCAAACGUCGACGAAAAAGGGCAAGUGUGUCUCCCGAUUAUCAGUGCAGAGAAUUGGAAGCCAGCUACAAAGACGGAUCAAGUGAUUCAAGCAUUAAUAGCCCUUGUGAACGACCCCGAGCCAGAGCAUCCUUUAAGAGCGGACUUGGCCGAGGAGUUCCUAAAGGAUAAGAAGAAAUUCGUUAAAAAUGCAGAAGAGUUUACGAAAAAACACGCAGAAAAGAGACGCGAGUCCUCAUCCUCGGCUGACUAACUAAGAAUCACUUAUUCACCAAGAUGCCUGCGGCCCGCUUCCUGUCUCACAGAAAUAUUAUCUAUCGUAACUGUGUCAGCUCUUGGAAUCAGAAUCAGGCUGAGUUUUCUAUGUACAGUAUUGGUUGACAAAUGGCGAGGAAAUGGAAAGUAUGCGUAAUACCAAUAUAAACGUUUUUAAUACACUAUGAGUUAAUAAUAAAUAUAUAUAUUACGAUAAUGUGGAAGGACAUUAAAAGAGGAAACGACAGGCCAGGCAAUGUGUAUCUACCCUAAGAGAGUGACACGCAGUGAAGUAAUUUUAAGAACUUGGUGACGUUUCAUGCAUACACAUAGCUUUGUGCGUACGUUACAACGUAUGCAAUUGUAUAUUUGGCGUGAAACUCUACCGAGUUUCCUGAUUUGCGUUAGAUUUACAUCAGGGCGGUAGGUCUGCCAUGAAUCUACCAUAAAUAUUGAAAUAGUAAGCCAGACAGGAGCAGAUCCUGCCAUUUCAAAUUAAAGCUUGAACAUACCGAAAAGAAUUAUAAAGUAGCAUUAUCCAAAAGGUUGGGAGUACACUCGAUCAUUGAACAAAUUUGCUGGAACUUAAUUCUUGCCACUAUUGCAUUCAACGCGUUAGUGUAAUUAUUUUAAACAAUCACAACAAUGUACGACAAACGUCUCUAAAGUUGCAUAUACUAAAGUUUUGAAAUACUUUACUGCAUUUCCGAAGUACAUAUUAUAUAUAUAAAAAUAGUAUCUAUAUAUACCUAUUAUUAAUCAUUACGUGCAGUACUUGUGUAUAUGUGUGAAUACGAUGUACAUACGAGGACGUUGGGAAA